GGAUCAUGUGCUCCUGCAGAUGAGGCCUGCGGCUGAAAGUCUUCAGACAAAUCUAAUUCAGAAGAGUCAAAGGCGCAUUCUCCGAAGAGGACAUCGGCGGAUGUGAACAGCAGCCAUGCCAAAAUGGUGGUCUAUGUGAGAGCCACAAUGGAGGUUUCAGAUGCCUUUGCUCCCAACAAAGCCUAAACGGACGCCUGUUUGGGGGCGAGAACUGCACAACUGCACUUUUAGGCUGUGAUGGCCCUAAAUGCCAGACCCCCACAGUCUUCUCAUUUGAGUCCAGAGGCUACAUGUACAUAGAGACCAAGCUUCUAGACCCAGAGGCUCCUCUUAAUGUGACAUUCAGUUUCAGGACAACGAGACCGGUCGGCACUCUUCUGCAGCGCAGAGUGGACGACCUGCUCCUCAGCAUCGAACUGAUGGAUGGGCAUCUCUGCCUCCGCAGCCUGAGAGGUCAAGGCUCCAGCACACUGGUUCAGGAGCUGCCGGAGUACCUGUCCAACAACAUGUGGCACAUGGUGGAAGCAUCACUGGGCGGUGUGGUCAGCCUCAUCAGGCUGCUCUGCACUGAAGGAAGCUGCACCAAAGACUCCAGCGCUGAAGUCCAGCUGCUUGAGAAUGCUUCUGCUCUCCUAGACCCAGGAACAGUUCGUCAGAGCCUCUUCAUAGGGGCAGUCAGGGGGAGCUGGGGUUUGGGCAGAGCAGCAGAUGAAGCAGACUACCCGCCUGCUUUUCUGGGCUGCUUCAGAGAUGUGUUUGUGGACUCACACUUGGUGCUGCCUGCUACUGUGUCAGAAGAUUCAGACGUCCAGGAAAACAUCACUGUGGGAUGCAGCGACAAAGACAAGUGCGACGACAGCCCGUGUCAGAACCGAGGGCGCUGUGUGAGCCAGGGCUGGAGGAGCUACAUGUGUGAGUGCCACAGGCCUUAUGAAGGGAACAACUGUGCAGAGGAGUAUAUCACAGCAAGGUUUGGAAGCAAAGACAUGGAGAGUUAUGCUUCCUUCUCACUGGACGAUGACCCAGGAGACGCUGUGACUAUAUCCAUGUUCAUUCGCACCAGACAGUCCAAUGGCCUGCUCCUCAUCCUGGCCAACAGCACCAGCCAGUACCUCCGUUUGUGGCUGGAAGAGGGCAGGGUCACAGUUCAGGUCAACAACUUUGAGACCCUCGUUGGUCGGGGUGCGGUCAGUGACGGACAUUUCCAUUUGGUGACCGUGAAGUUGGAAGGAAUGGCAGCCGCGUUGUUCCAGUCAGCCCAGAGCCAGGGAUCCAUGCCCAUCAGGUACACCCAGGUACAUCCUGGGGAUCUGGUUUUCGUUGGGGGGCUUCCAGACUCAAGGGCCUCUGCUUCGUUCGGCGGCUACUUUAAGGGAUGUGUUCAGGAUCUGAGGAUUAACAGCAAACGGCUGCAGCUUUAUCCCAUUGCAAGUCCUGUGGAAUCUUACAGCCUGAAGCAACUCGUCAACGUCGCACAAGGAUGCAGCAGUGACAAUGCCUGUGCUGUCAAACCCUGUCUCAACGGGGGAGUGUGUUACUCCAUGUGGGACGAUUUCAUCUGUAACUGCCCCCCCAACACCGCAGGGCAGCGCUGUGAGGAGGUGAAAUGGUGUGAGCUGUCUCCCUGUCCCGCCACUGCUGUUUGUCAACCCCGCUCUCAGGGCUUUGAGUGUUUGUCUAAUGUGACAUUUCGGGCUGACAGCAGCAUUUUGCACUGUCGGAGCAACGGGAAGAUUAGGCGCAGCCUCGGCACUGUCACCCUCAGCUUCCGCACAAGACAGUCCACUGCCACCUUACUACAUGCACAGAAGGACUCAGACUACCUCACCAUCUCCCUCCUGGACUCUCAUGUGGUCAUGGAGCUCCAGUCUGGGGCUGACGAGGAUCCCCGCAGGGUGACAGUUCAAAGCCAGGGUCCAGUCAGUGAUGGAGAGUGGCACACUGUGGAGCUCAGCAUAGAGAACCAGACGCUCCCGACCUCCAAGUGGAUCAUGGCUGUGGACGGAGGUGUGAGGGAGCCAAGCAUGUCCAAAACAGCUGCAGAGGACCUGGAUUUUCUCAGGGAGGGAGCAGACAUCUUCCUGGGGGGACUGAGCCUGGACGUUGGAGUGAACCUGUCUGGUUGUCUGGGCCCAGUGGAGAUUGGAGGCCUUCCUCUUCCUUUCCACCUGGACACAGAGUUGAACCUGCCCAGACCUCAGGAGGAGCAGUUUAUGAGGAUAAACAGCGAUGCUACCCCACAAUACGGCUGCUGGGGAGCCAGUGUGUGUGCGCCUAACCCCUGCAAGAACGAGGGUGUGUGUGAGGACCUGUUUGACCUGCACGACUGCACGUGUCCCUCUGAGUGGACAGGGCCACUGUGUCAAGACCCAACAGACACCUGCAUCUCCAGCCCCUGCAUCUACGGCAACUGCAUCGACCUACAUGGGGGAUUUGAAUGUGUGUGUGAGCCAGGGUACAGCGGUAAACAGUGUGAGCUGGAGGUAGAUAUGUGUGAAAACAGCAAUUGCAGUGACGGUGCCACAUGCCUCAAAGGUCUCCAGAGCUAUUCGUGCCUCUGCCCUCAGAAUCUGACGGGCCAGUACUGCGAGGACAAAAUUCCUGAAAUCCCAUGGUACAUUGAGACAAAUCCACUUCCUCAGUUGCCUGUAUCCUCCUGCACUGGUACAAGAUGGAACUACAGCUGCUUUAACGGAGGGAACUGCUCUGAAGCAGACAACACCUGUUACUGCUUGCCUGGUUUCACAGGACAGUGGUGUGAGAAAGAUGUGGAUGAAUGUGCCUCGGACCCGUGUAUGAAUGGAGGCUUCUGUGUCAACUACGUGAACAGUUUUGAGUGCGUGUGUGAUAUGAAUCACUCGGGAGUACACUGCCAAAUGGAUGUCAGUGACUUCUACCUGUACCUCUUCUUGGGCCUGUGGCAGAACCUCUUCCAGCUGGUGUCCUACCUUGUGAUACGCCUCGACGAUGAGCCGGAGAUUGAGUGGGGAUUCCACAUCAACGAUUAGGCCCCUAAUUGUUGGUUAUGAUCAAACUGGACUAUACUUGCUCGCAGAAGAGGUCACACUGGAGAACAUUUUUUUAAUGUAGUACCCAAAAAUCAUGUAAUGUGUUUUCAAGAACAUGCACACAGCAAAUCAGCUGGUCUGUGAUGCUUUAUAUUGAAGAAGGAGAAUUCAGCUUUCUCUGCUGACUCAUCUUAAAGGGAGAGACUGCCAGCUACUGUAGGUAAUACACUGACUAUUGAUAAGUACCUCAUACAGCCCAACUUCAAAAGAUUCAAACUAUCCUUUUAAAAUGAGUGAGAUUGUUGUGACCAUUUUAUUUAUUCAUGUAUUUAUUUGGAUGAAUUUUGAUUUUUUGGUGAAACCCCAUGACUGUUUUUGUGAUCUCUCCUCUAUAAAGGAGUUCACAAGAAGAGACAGGAAAAAAUUGCACUUGCACUAACUAUACAAUAUGUGUGACACUAUAUUCAAUUAUAUCUAGUGUACUGACAAGGUCAGUAAUAGAAAUGUGUCUGUUGUGAACAGAUUUAUUUGGUAAUAAAUAUUACAUAUUGCUCCGUAUUUGUUACAGUAUAUAUGUACGUUUGAUCUGGUUCUCAUACUGAAAACCACACAUUAGAGUUUGUCUCGUGCCUUAAAUCUCCACUUUUUCUCUGGAGCACUGAUUGCUAAUCAGUGUAUAUUUUAUAACUGUUCAGGGACACUACUUACAUGCAGUUAUAAUUUAUUGGAUAUCAAUAAAAUACCUGUCUAUAGUUAAGAAGUUGUGUAUGUAUCCUAGAAUGAAGUGAU